AUGGCCAAAAUGGAAGGGCGAUUAAGAAGCGUGGAUCUUGUCGUUGAAGUUCAUGACGCCAGGAUACCAUUUACAGGGAGAAAUCCCGUAUUCCGAGACAAAUUGUUCUCUGUCCGACCACAUAUUCUGGUACUGAAUAAAAGGGAUUUAAUAGAUCAAGAGAAAUACAGGUCAGUUCUCAUAAAUAGUAAUUUAUGUUUAUUUAAGGCCGUUAGUGGAAGAAAAGCUGCGAGAUGAGGGCAUUGAUCAUGUAUUAUGGACUGAUUGUAAGAAGAAAAAGAAGAAAGCCUUGGAUGAUCUGAAGCACAUGAUGAUAGAUUGCCUUCGUUCCGAUUACCGGUUUAAUCGAACAGUUAAAACUGAAUAUCAAGUCAUGGUUGUUGGCAUUCCAAAUUCAGGAAAGAGUUCCCUAAUCAAUGGAUUAAGAAGUGUGAACAUGGACAAGAAGAAAAAUGCUGUUGUCGAAGGUGUGUAAAAGAAACGUUGGUAUUAUUCUCUUCAGGCGCUCGACCCGGCGUUACAGUGAGAAUGCAGAACAGAGUGAGGAUCCUGGAUCGUCCUCUCAUUUACAUCCUGGACACUCCUGGAGUCCUCAAUCCGUAUGUCCGAUCGGUGGAAGAGAAUAUGAAACUUGGGUUGUGUGAGAAUGUCCUCGAGACAACAUUGAAUAUGGAACAUGUCGCCGAUUAUCUGCUAUAUUGGAUGAAUAAGUAAGCUGAUUUUUAUGGCCAUAUAUUCAUUGCAGACAAGAGGAUUACUCCUAUCUCAAAGCCUUGGAAUUGGACGGUCCUCCAACUGAUGAUAUAAAAGAGCUGUUAACCAGGAUAUGCCAGAAGAGAAAUAUGAUUUUAGUCAUGAAUAUCCCCGGUAAAGGACACUUCAACCGAUGGAAUUACAAAAAUGCAAAUGAGAUAUUCCUCAGCACAUUCAGGAAGAAACUUAUUGAUGACUGUUUUUUGGACAAGGAUAAACUGUAG